AUGCCCGAAACAAGCACUACCUCUCCUAGUCAAGCUCCAAUUAACCCCACCGAUCACCUACCUCUAUCUCUCUUCAGAUCCGACACCAUUCCACCCGCCCCAACCCGAUCCACUUCCACCAUCGACUGGUUACCUGACUUUUCCGGUUACUCAUGGGUCGCGUAUGGAGCCUCCUCUCUAUUAGUGAUCUCUCACUUACCCUCUCCACUCUCUCCCGAAGAAACCGCUAUCGGUCCCAUUCUCCGGCAAGUUUUCGAGCUCUCCGGCGACAAUUUGUCGCCUGUCAAUGCCGUUUCCUGGUCUCCGGUGACUCCGUCUGUAGGUGAGCUUGCGGCCGCAUCAGAUAACUGUAUCUCCGUGCUCGUGCAUGAUUCAACGAGCUUCAAAGGUUCUUUUUGUUGGAGUCAGAAUGCAGUGCUUGUACAAUCUACAAAGGUGGGAGCAAUCAAAUGGACAGGUUCCGGGGAUGGGAUAAUUUCUGGUGGAAUUGAUGUGGUUUUGUGGAGGAGGAGGAACAUGUCGUGGGAAAUAGCUUGGAAGUUUAAAAGAGACGUGCCUCAAAAUCUGGUUUCGGCUACUUGGUCAAUUGAGGGACCUUCAGCAACUGCAGCUUAUCUGAGUGAAGUAGAUGUUAAAGGAUCUGACCAGACAAGAAAUUGUGUGCUAGUGUGUUAUGGUGAUAGAACAUCUGAGUAUGUGAAAUCUGAGUUGCAUCACCCUCAGCCUGUCUCAAUGAUUCAGUGGAGGCCAUCAACAGGACGACAAACACGGCGAGAUGAGAAACAUUUGCCUAGGCAUGUGCUAAUAACAUGCUGCUUAGAUGGAACACUAAGACUAUGGACUGAGGUAGACAGUGGAAAGGUUAGAAAGUUAGCCAAGGACAAUCGUGAUCACAAAAUAGUGAGAAAGUCCUUUUGCGUUGCUGCUGUAAUUGAGAUAAACCAGGUCUUAAAGGGAACUCUGGGCAUGGAUGUAUUUUUUAGUUGGGCAACAGAAAUUGGGGGUAUACAUGGAAUUGGAGAAGGUAUUUGUCAGACCUUUUCAAUAGAAGGAAAUGGGCAUGACAGAGUUGGCAGAUGUGAGUGGUUAAUUGGGUUUGGUCCAGGCAGAGGAAUUACUUUUUGGGCCAUCCACUGUCUUGAUGAUAUCUCACCCUUAAGGUUUCCUCGUGUUACUUUAUGGAAGACACAGCAACUACAGGAUCUUGAAGCAGGACGUCUUCAUGGAGCUGGUCUUGCAGAUUUCAAGGACUGGUUACUUCUGGAUAAGGUUGUUGUCUUGAGGAACUGCUUGUCUGGCCCACCAAAUAUAUGCUGUUUGAUGCAUCUGUCACCUUGUAAUUUCUUGGUCAGGUCUUUGUUAUAUACCCAAAAAUCCAGUAAUAUAGAGGAUGCAUCUUUUAACAAAUCCAAGAUAGAUAAAUACCUAUCAUGUUCAGCUGGUGGUGUUUUAAAUGGAGGUCAUACAGGAAAAAUACUACAAGUUGCAAUGCACCCUCUUAUUUAUGAAGUUGAACUGGCUGUUUCUUUGGAUUCAAAUGGACUACUUCUAUUUUGGAUGGUUUCUACCAUUUCAAACUCCAAUUUCGGCCCUGCAGAACUGAUACCCAGAUGGAAACUUUCUGGUAAACUUGCAACUUAUGAUUCGUGUUCUAAAUAUACAAGCUUGAGGUGGGCACCUUCUACAUUGGGUGAAGACCAUGUUCUUCUUGUGGGACAUGCAGGUGGAAUUGAUUGCUUUAUAGUUAAGGUUUCUCAAAUUUGCGAAGAAGGCAUAAUAUGCCACUACAUAUGCACUAUACCCCUAACUGGUCAUGGUCCGUAUGAGGAUGGUCCCACCAAUAUCUUUGCAGUACCCCUGCCUUCUUCUUGCAAUAAGAUGUUUAGGUACAAUAAAUUUUUGCUUUUGGGGGUAUGGAUGAAAGGUUUUCAACCAAUUUCAUGGGAAAUUACUUUACAUUCUUAUCACUUGUCAGGAAGCUGCUGUGACUGUAAGUUUGAUGGUAAAGAUACUCCUUUCGCGCUGAAUUUUGAAAAUACUUUUGCUGAUAGAAGAUAUUGUGUUGGUGUCAAUCCUUGCUCAUCACACUUACCAGAGCCACACUGUCAUGACCAGAUUACAAGUUUUUCUGUGGUAUGCCCAGGAGAUUUCGUUUCUAUGCCAGAAAGCUUAGGUUCUGACAAAGAUCCAUCCUCUGGUGGUCCUGCAUAUAUCAUGGCAACAGGUUGCUCUGAUGGUAGUUUGAAACUGUGGAGAAGUAACUCUUCUAAACAGUCAGCUCCUCACACACCAUGGGAGCUUGUGGGCAAGUUUGUUGCACAUCAAGGUCCGGUUCGUGCUAUAUGUUUGACUGAUUGUGGUAGGAAGAUUGCAACCGUCUCUGCAGGUAGUCAUCUGGCUGGUUCCAGCAUUCUUCACAUAUGGGAAGUUGUACACCUUAUAGGGGCUGGAAGUUUCAUAUUAGAAGACAGUUUAGCUAUUGGAAAAGAUGUUGUUUCUUUAAAUUGGCUAACUUUAGGCAAUGGUCAGUUUUUUCUUGGGAUUUGCAUGCAGAAUGAGUUGCAGGUAUAUGCUCAAAAGCAUUACGGUGGUCAGACUUUGUUGAGCCCUAAACCUUUGAACCUCCAUAGCUGGUAUUGCAUUGCAGUUUCUCAUACUUUCCCUGCUAUUCGUGACUUCCUUUGGGGGCCCAAUGCCACAGCUAUUGUUGUCCAUGAUAGUUACAUUAGUCUAUUUAGUCAAUGGUUAUUUCUUGAAGAUGUAGAUGAUACACAACGAGGCAAAUGUCUUCCAAAUGUUAUCAGGGAGGGUUAUGAAGGUAGAAAAGACAAGGAGGUCCUUUCUUGCAUGUUCACAGACCGUGAAAUUGAUCUUGAAAAAGCAUCAAACGAAGGUAGUAGUAGAGGGCACAAAUCCCCAAGUCACGAGAAACUUGAUGCAAAAAAUGAUUGCUCAACAAGCAGUUUGUUUGUAGCCAUGGCUCAACUCAAACAUCAUUCAAAUGCUGUGCAAGGGAUUUGGAGUCUGGUAGAACUAGCAGAGAAGUUAAGGGGGACUUUAGCUGUUUAUCACCCUGAGGCACUCAUUAUGAACGUAUAUUCAGGAAAUUGGAAACGUGCAUAUGUAUCUGUCAGGCAUCUUGUUGAAUAUCUUGCUUCAGGCAGUGUUGCUGAGAGGAGAUACAAUUCUGCAAAUUAUAGCAAUAUUGUCCCGCAGAUCCUUUUGUCAAAUUAUUUUGAGGGAUUUCUCUUGAAAGAUUCAAGUUCAACUAAUAAGGGGUUUCAAUGGAAUGCUGAGGCAAGAUUGCCAACUUCAUCUUCACAGUUUUUUGUGUAUAAUUCCACCUCUGACGCAUCUAAUAAUAUGUUUGGUGUAUCUUCAACAAAAUCUGAACUUAGUGCUUUUGCUGAAACUCUUGAGAAGUAUGAUUUUGAGGCCUUAACCAAUAUAGAGAAGUCAAAAAUGCUUGCAAUUAUAGAUCUUCUCAGUGAUGUUCAGCAUUCUGCUCGUGCCUAUGAAAAUCUUGAUGAACCUGGGCGAAGGUCUCCUUCCAUGGAAGAGUUGGUUGGUGACUCGAGGCUGAUGAGCUGGGCCUUUCAUUCUGACUGUCAAGAAAAUUUAUUGAGUUCUUUUCUUCCUAUUGAACCAUCGUGGAAAGAAAUGCAGGCUCUUGGGUUUGGAUUCUGGUUCACUAAUGUUGCACAACUGCGUACAAGGGUAAUGCUUCGAGAUAUGGAGAAAUUGGCUAGAUUACAAUAUCUGAGGAAAAAAGAUCCCAAAGAUUGUACUCUUUUGUACAUAGUGUUGAAUAGACUUCAAGUAUUGGCUGGUCUUUUUAAAAUCAGCAAAGAUGAAAAAGAUAAACCCUUGGUUGCAUUUCUCUCCCGCAAUUUUCAGGUAUGUGCAAAUGACAUGGCUUCCUCAGCUUGUGAUAUAAUUGCUGAGUUAGUUCAGAAGUCAGAGGAGGAGAAAAAUAAAGCAGCUGCUUUGAAAAAUGCUUAUGUCUUAAUGGGAAGACAUCAGCUGGAGUUGGCCAUUGCUUUCUUUCUGCUAGGAGGUGAUACUUAUUCCGCUAUCACCGUUUGUGCGAAGAAUUUUGGAGAUGAACAGCUUGCCCUUGUAAUUUGUAGGCUUAUUGAGGGUCGUGGUGGACCAUUGGAACAGCAUUUAACUACAAAGUUUAUACUUCCAUCUGCAUGUGAGAGAGGCGAUUACUGGCUUGCAAGCCUGCUACAGUGGGAAUUGGGCAAUUAUUCUCAGUCUUUUCUGAGCAUGCUUGGUCUCCAAGCAAACUCCAUGAUUGACAAGUCUGCUCUUUCAUCAAAUAAUGCUGCUGCUUUUAUGGACCCCCAUAUUGGUCUACAUUGCCUUUCACUAGCAUCCAAAAAUAGCCUGAGGAACGCUGUUGGGGAGCAAAAUGCUGUAAUUCUUGGUAGGUGGGCUACUAUUAUGGCAGCUACUGCCUUCGAAAGAUUUGGCCUUCCUCUUGAAGCUUUGGAGUGCCUUUCAUCUUCUCUGAACAUUCUUGGGGGUAUGGAUCCAGGAAGUGUAUCAGACGUUGAUCAGUCUCAAAUAUUACCUGGCAUUUUGAAUCCAGUAGCCAGUGAAUCCUGUAACUGGCUGUCAGGCGAUGUGGCUUUGCGUCUGCAGUCCCAUAGUAAAUUAGAUUUGGCUCUUCAGUAUUUUUCAAAAUUGAUGAGGGAGCAUCCUAGUUGGCCUAAUACUGCAGUAGGAUCUGUUCAACCUGGCACAUCCUCCAAGGAUUGUGAAAUUCACCAACAUGAGAAAUCAGUAGAAGAAUUUCGAGAAAUAUUAUAUACAGGACUUUCAAAGUUUGAGCAGAAGUUUUUGGUGGUUCCUUCCUGCGUGAUCAAAAUGAUUUUAGUCUGGGUAUGCAGUAAUGGAUUACCAUUUAUUGGGUAUGACAUCAUAGUUGACUAUGCUUCUCGAAACCAUUCACAAGAUAAGAGCAAUAGUGUUGGAAUUUUCAGCUUAUAUCCUCUUCUGCAUAAGCCAUGUCUGAAAUCUAUGGAAGAUAUUUCCCUUUACCUUUCAAGAUUUAUUACUUCCUGCAACUUAACAUGCUUUCAACCUAAACCAUUUUAUAUUGAAGGAACUAUGCCUGUUGAAGUUAAAUCCUUCUGGUCAGAUGUGCAUGGGUUUUACUUUCAGGGUAUCAUGCAGGCAUUGUGGAGUUUAAGAGCUGCUAUGAGAAUUUUUUCCAGCUCAGAAGAUGUCACAAGGUCCCUUGUUAUUCUUGAUUUAUUUGAGUAUUAUAUUUAUGUUGCAUCUGCAUGGCUUCAGCGAAAAUCUAAAGGUCUAUUGUUGAUGGUAGAACCCCUCUUGAUAACUUUGACUAAUGGGCACACGCCUUAUGAAGUUGAUAUUGCGAAUCUCAAGAGCAUUCUCCACCACAUUGCAGAGUUGCCAUGUAGUCUGUCAAUGGAUGGUGCAGGAGCAGGACAUGAGGUUAUUAAAUGUUCAUCAGAUGAGCAAGAUGGACAAACAAUGCUAUCAUUCUCAGAAGAUGAAAAAUGGCACGUCAUAGGAGCUUGUUUGUGGCUGCACAUGUCUAGAUUCAUGAAACAUCAACUGCAUUUGUUGUCCAUUAAGCUUGAAGAUGGUUGCUUUUCUGGGGUUUCACAUUGCAAAGUGUCUUCCUGGGCAUCUAGUUUAACAAUUUUUGGAUCUGAUAGCAGUGGCAUGACGAAAGAAAUUGGGUUUUGCUCUUUGAUAUUGGCUAAGUUACUAAAGACCACACUUGUACAUAUUUCGUCUUAUCAUGUAAAACAACUUGCAUUAUUCCUGCAGCAGAAAGUAGAGAAUAGAUUACCAAUACCAACUCUAGUAUGGUUAAAAGAAUCUAAUCUUUCUCAAGCCAAAGCUCUCUAUCAGAAUGUCAAUGCAGACAUGAUGAAUAGCAAAGAUGAAUUAUCAUCUUUUGAUGUAUUGUGGGAUGCUUGUGCUGAUCCUCGCAUAGUAUCUGAAGGUUUUGCACAAGAAAAAAUAAAUUUAUCACUGUUUUUCAAUCAUAAAUCAUAUGAAGGCUGGAGUGAUGAAUACAUGAGCAUCACUGCAGAGCUUGAAACUGAAGAUACCCUCGAACAUGAAGGUAGGCUUAGCAAUCGUCCUUCCAGUGAUGAAAUUGGAUCAACUUCUACUGGUCUUUUCAGGAAUGGCCGUACUUUCCUAAGUUCCUGGCAGAAGGAUGCAGUUAUGACAAAGGAGGUGUCUCAUUUCCAAAAUGCUAAAGAAGUACAUAAGAGGGAUGGAGAGCUUUUGGAGGUAGUUAUUACUGCAUCUUUUAUCUUAACCAUAAUGGAAGACUAUGGCAUUAAUUUGGUGCCAUUAGCUCUGUGUAUCAACUCCGUUGAUGAAAGGCAAGCUGCUCUGGCCAGCAACCGCAAGGGAAUAGUUUUCUUUUCUUGGGAAGACGGGUUACCUUUUGGAGAUCAAUCAGAGUAUACAUGGUCAGAUGCUGAUUGGCCACCAAAUGGGUGGGCAGAUGCUGAAUCAACCCCGAUUCCUACAUGUGUCUCUCCUGGUGUUGGUCUUGGUAGGAAGAAAGGGGCACACCUUGGAUUGGGUGGGGCAACUAUUGGUGUGGGUUCUUUAGCCAGGAGGAGAAAUUUGACAGGCAAUGGAGCAUUUGGCAUUCCAGGUUAUGCUGGUAUUGGUCCCUCAGGCUUGGGUUGGGAGGUUCAAGAGGAUUUUGAGGAGUUUGUUGAUCCACUAGCUACUGCAGAAAAUAUAAGUACAACAGCUUUUUCCAGUCACCCCUCAAGGCCUUUCUUUUUGGCUGGUUCCAGCAAUACGCAUGUUUACUUAUGGGAGUUUGGUAAGGACAAAGCUACUGCAACUUACGGGGUUCUCCCUGCUGCAAAUGUUCCCCCACCAUAUGCUCUUGCAUCGAUAUCAGCUUUGCAGUUUGAUCACUAUGGACAUAGAUUUGUUACCACUGCAUUAGAUGGAACUGUCUGCACAUGGCAGCUGGAGGUUGGAGGAAGGAGCAACAUCCAUCCAACAGAAUCAUCUCUCUGCUUGAACGGCUAUGCAUCGGAUGUCACAUACAUUACUUCAAGUGGAUCAGUUAUUGCUGCAACUGGAUAUAGCUCCAUUGGUGCUAAUGUGGUUAUCUGGGAUACAUUGGCUCCACCUAUGACUGCACAAGCUUCCAUUUUUUGUCAUGAAGGUGGUGGCCGCUCCAUUUCUGUGUUUGAUAAUGACAUUGGAAGUGGUUCUAUUUCUCCUCUUAUCAUAACUGGUGGUAAAGGUGGUGAUGUUGGACUUCAUGACUUCCGAUACAUAGCAACUGGAAGGACUAAAAGGCACAACAUGAACAACAAUGCCCCUUCUAAUACUGACAAGCAGACAGGAGUUGGUAACCAAUUGGGAGGGCAGAAUCUGAACGGGAUGCUGUGGUACAUACCAAAGGCUCAUUUAGGAAGUGUCACCAAAAUAUCCACAAUCCCACAUACCAGUUUGUUCUUGACUGGAAGCAAAGAUGGAGACAUAAAACUUUGGGAUGCCAAAGCAGCCAAGUUGGUUUACCAUUGGCCAAAGUUGCAUGAAAAACGCACUUUUUUGCAACCAAGCUCGCGGGGUUUUGGUGGAGUUGUCAGGCUACUGAAAUCAUUACAAAGUCCAGAAAGGGAUCAAAUCAACCGGCCACUGGUGUUGAGAUUUGGACUGUUGUCUGCCAAUUUUCACUGGCGGUGA